GAAGCAAAGACAGGUGCUGCUGUUCGGUAUGUGCAGCGAUCCCAAUCAGCGAGACAGCGCUCUUACUCAUGCACAGGCUAGAUGAGCUGCUGCCGGUCUACGUCGUCUUCCGAACGCCGUUGGUCGAAGAGGAAGCACUGAAGUCAUAUCUCGACCGGCUGGCUGUCAGCCUGCAGGUCUUCGCCUUGGGCACAGCGCCCGGUUCAGAUCAAGAGACGAAAGCCCUGCCCAAGGAACUGAUCCACAGCGCGACCACCAAAGACGCCAGCGAGCCCACCAUGGUGCUCCACGAGAGCGAUCACGGCAAGCAUGCGUACGUCUUGUGGAGGAUGGAGGUCGCCAUAGGUAAGCUCCUGGGGAAGCGUAAAGAGAUGCAUUCUAAGAGGACGCAGCGCGACCGCAGGGCAGAUUCCACAAGCCAGCCAUCUACUUCCAGCCCAUGGCCUCGCUCAAGCCAGACGUCACAGCGCGCAAGCCAGUAUCCCACGACGACUAUCUGCCCAGCCGGGUGCCCCCGGCGCUCAAUCUCCUGCAGUCGUUCGAGCACGACCCGGCGCUCGUGGGCAUCCACCCGCGGCUCUCGGCGAUGCGAAUCAGCAAAAUCGCUCCCUCGGCGCCUCUUGCGCGCGAGCUGGUGCGCCCGAUCAAGACGGGCCAGCGACCGCUGUUCCGCGUCGUGCCUCCGCUGAUGUGGCGGACGCGCUUCGCUGCGCUGCACACGCCGGUCGCUGAUCGCUCGCUGCUGGCGUCCCUGGACGUCGAAGUAGCAUCGUACACGUCGUACGCCGUGAGCAUCCAGUCAGUGGACCUCUCCAUGCUCGGGGGGGACAUGGAACCCCUGGCCGCCGUGGGCGCCGCCACGCCCUGCAGCCCCGGCGACCAGCUGAGCUAUCUGUACAAGGCAACGCCUGACCUCGGUCCCGACGGCACGCCCGCGCUGGGCAGCAAAGGCCACACGCUCACCGUCCGCAUCCUGGCCGACGUCCACGUCGGGCCCUUGUGCACGCCGCGCGUGGCCAUCACAUGGAGGACGCCCGUCGACUUUGCGCCGGAGCACGACACGCAGGAACGAGGCGCGCCCAGCGCCGCAGCCAACGUGACGCUGACCAUGACGGGGCCGUGCCGCGUCAAGGUCGGCACGCCGUUCCACUGGUCCCUGUUCAUCCUGAACCGCAGCGCCUCGGCGCAGCGCCUCGGCAUCAUCGUCCUGCCCAAGCGCAAGCACACGCCCACGCACCGCCCCUCGUCCUCGGCCGCCGUGCCCGCAUCGCACGGCGCAUCGACGGCGCUGCUCGCGCCCGCCGUGCAGGACUCGAACGCCGUGUACGCGCGGCAGAAGAGCGCGCGCGCCGAGCCAGCCCAGCUCGUGUGUCUGACGACCGAGCUGCGGCUCGGGCCGCUGGCGCCGGGCGCGUGUUACACCGCCGAGGUGGGGUUUGUUGCGCUGGCAGCCGGCGCGCUGGCGGUCGAGUGUGUGCGGGUGGUUGAUCUGGGGACGGGCGGGGUGGUGGAUGUGCGGGAGGUGGCGGGGGUUGUUGCUGUGGAGGAGGAGGAGGAGGAGGAGGUGUAGGAGGUGUAGGAGGUGAUCCGCAGAUGGAUUUCUCGCUGGUGGUGGAGGGUGAGGAGAGGAGGAGGAGUGGAGGACGGGGAGUGGAGGACGGGGAGUGUAGGAUGGGGAGUGUAGGAUGGGGAGUGGAGGAUGGGGAGUGGAGGAAGCAAUGAGCACCAACCACUGCUCUGAUGCAUGACAGCUAGAACAAAUCUCGCAUGAUGCGCGCCAGCUCAUCGUUCUCGGUCCCAUACGCCGGCAUGCCCUCGUACCCGCCCGCGCUCGACAGGCCGCUCAUGCCGUCAAACGGGUUGUUGAUGCCGUACGCGCUGCCGGCCGCCUCAAACAGACUGGUCAGGUGCAGCGCGAUGCCGUGCGGCGUGUCGCCCAGCGCAGGGUCCAGCGCGGGAUCCAGCGCACCGUGGCGGCGCAGAAAGUGCGGCAUCUCGUGCCCCGCGAGC